UAUCACACGUGCUGCCGGGUGUAACAUUAAACGCGACCAGUAAAUUUGCGGCCUCCUGCGAUCAAACUUUCCCUCCAUCUCGACUUUCCGUCUAAUCCAGGCUUCGGACCUUCCCUGUGAUGCAUACUGCUUAACAACAAGUGUUCCAGGAAACUUAAGCUUGUUGAGUUGCAGCGGCAAGCGGAAACUGGAAUUGGAUUGUGUGCGAAUUUCUAGGGUUUGUGUGUUGUUAAUGUUGGUUGAAGCUUUUGGCUGGUAAUUUUUGAGGAUGGAUGAAGGGAAGCAGAGAUCGAGGCGAGAUGAGUGGGAGAAGAGAAAGGAGGAUUCGAAGAGAGGCGAUCGCGAUAGAGAGAGAGAAGGCGAGAAGGAGAAAAUUAGGGAUUUGGAUCGGGAGAAGAGAGAGAGUGAGGAGAGCGAGAGAGUUGGAGAUGCGGAUUUGCAGAAGGGUGAUAGAGAGGACAGUGGGAAAAUUAGGGUUUUGGAGGCAGCGGACAGGAGACAGAGAGAAGGCGAGAAAGUCAGGGAAAGGACUGGUGAGAGAAGAGAGAGAGAGAAGGCGAGGGAUCGAGAUUCAGAGAGGAGAGAGAGGGAGAGUGAUAAAGUCAGGGAUAGAGAUUUGGAGAAGAGAGAGAGGGAGAGGGAUAUUGACAAGGUUUCAGAGAAGAGAGAGAGAGAUAGAGAGAGGGAGAAGGACAGUGACAAGGUUAGGGACAGGGAUUCUGAGAAGAGAGAGAGGGAGAAGGAGAGAGGGCGAAGCAGUGAGAGAGCUAGGGAUUAUCGGGAUUCGGAGAAGAGAGAGAGGGAGUACCGUCGUGUGGAGAGAGAAAGGAGUUCUGAGGGAAAGCACAGAGACAAGUAUAAGGAUUCAAGGUAUAAGGAGUCUGAAAAGGAUGGCAGCAGAAGUAGGAGAAGGGAUGAGAGAGAGAAGGAAAGGGGGCGGGAUCGGGAGGAAGACCCUGAGAGGCUGAAAGAGAAGGGCAAGGAUAGAGAGAGAGAUGAUGGGGCCAGAACAAGGGAGAGAGCAAGAGAAAAGGAUAGGGAGAGGGUUAGAGAGAGGGAGGAGAGGGACAGGGAGAGGGAAGAGAGAGAAAGGGAGAGGGAGAGGGAGGAGAAGGAAGAGAGAGAAAGAGGGAGGGAUAGGAUGAGAGAGAGAGAGAAGCGGAGAGAUGAGGACAGAGACAGGGAAGACGAGAUACAUGAGAGGAAGAAGAGGAGAAGGGAGGAUGAGCAAGGAAGUGAGAGAGAGAGCAGCAGGUACAAGGAAGAGAAUGGUGAUGAUGUUCGGAGGAAGAAGAGUGAGGAGGAGCUGAAGAAGGGCCGAAAAGAGGAGGAUGUGGAAGAGGAGAACAGGAAACUUGAUGAGGAGAUGGAUAAAAGGAGACGCAGAGUUCAGGAGUGGCAAGAGCUUAAAAGGAAAAGAGAGGAACAGGAGAGAGAGAAGAGGGGCGAAGAGAAAACUGAAGAAGAGCCUCCGAAAUCUGGUAAAAAUUGGACCUUGGAAGGAGAAGAAUCUGACGAUGAAGAAAGUGAGCAUCCUAGUACCAAGACUGCUGCUGCCGCUUCAAAAGGCCCUGUUGUUCCUGUUGCUAAUGGGGAUGCAAAGUCCGAUGAUCCCAUGAUGGUAGACUCUGAGGACAAUGGUAAUGGUAAUAGACAUCCUCUCCCGGACGAGAAUGGGGAGGAGGAGGGGGAGGAAAUUGACCCAUUAGAUGCCUUCAUGAACUCAAUGGUGCUGCCCGAGGUUGAAAAACUGAAAAAUGCAGAAGCAGCUGCCUCGACUGAUAAUAUGCUAGCUGAGCUGGGAAAGAAGAAGGCUUCGAGAGAGGUGUUGGGUAAUGGGGAUCAGUCAAAGAAAGCUUCCAAGAACGCAACUGGGAGGAUUAUUCCAGGUGAGGAUUCUGACUCCGACUAUGAACAUAUGGAGAAUGAUGAAGCUCCAUUGGAAGAUGAAGAUGAUGAUGAGUUCAUAAAAAGAGUGAAAAAGACAAAGGCAGAGAAGCUGUCAAUAGUCGACCAUUCGAAAAUCCAGUACCCACCAUUUAGAAAGAACUUUUAUAUUGAGGUGAAGGAGAUUUCCAGAAUGACAACAGAGGAAGUUGCUGCUUAUAGGAAAAUGCUGGAGCUGAAGAUCCAUGGGAAAGAUGUUCCGAUGCCCAUAAAAACAUGGAACCAGACUGGGUUAACGAGCAAGAUUCUCGAAACCAUAAAAAAGUCGAACUUUGAGAAGCCAAUGCCUAUUCAAGCUCAAGCCUUGCCCAUAAUUAUGAGUGGCCGGGACUGCAUAGGCAUUGCAAAGACUGGUUCGGGUAAGACUCUUGCCUUUGUUUUACCCAUGUUGAGGCACAUCAAGGAUCAGCCUCCUGUGGUUCCUGGUGAUGGGCCGAUCGGGCUUAUAAUGGCACCCACAAGAGAACUAGUCCAGCAAAUUCACAGUGAUAUCAAGAAGUUUGCGAAGGUUGUGGGUGUUAACUGCGUUCCUGUGUAUGGUGGUUCCGGUGUUGCUCAGCAGAUCAGCGAUUUAAAGAGAGGUACCGAGAUUGUUGUAUGUACACCAGGGAGGAUGAUAGACAUCCUCUGUACGAGUGGUGGAAAGAUCUCAAAUCUUAGAAGGGUUACUUACCUGGUCAUGGAUGAAGCCGACCGAAUGUUUGAUAUGGGUUUUGAGCCACAGAUUACUCGGAUAGUCCAAAACACAAGACCAGAUAGACAGACUGUUCUUUUCUCUGCUACUUUUCCUCGACAGGUGGAGAUACUGGCAAGGAAAGUUUUGAACAAGCCUGUCGAAAUCCAGGUUGGGGGAAGGAGCGUCGUGAACAAGGAUAUAACGCAGUUGGUGGAGGUUAGACAGGACAAUGAGAGGUUCCUCAGGCUGUUGGAGCUUCUUGGGGAGUGGUACGAGAAAGGAAAGAUCCUGAUUUUCGUUCAUUCCCAAGAGAAAUGUGACUCCUUGUUCAAGGAAUUAUUGAGGCAUGGCUACCCAUGCCUCUCUCUCCAUGGGGCCAAGGACCAAACUGAUAGGGAAUCCACUAUUUCAGAUUUUAAGAGCAAUGUGUGCAACCUGUUAAUAGCAACAAGUAUUGCUGCAAGGGGAUUAGAUGUGAAGGAGCUUGAGCUUGUGGUGAACUAUGACGUCCCAAAUCACUAUGAAGACUAUGUUCACAGAGUGGGUCGAACUGGUCGGGCUGGCAGGAAGGGUUGUGCUGUGACUUUCAUAACAGAGGAAGAUGCACGUUAUGCACCUGACCUUGUCAAAGCUCUCGAGCUCUCAGAACAAGCAGUGCCUGAUGAUCUAAAGCAGGUUGCGGAUGGGUUCAUGGCCAAGGUGAACCAGGGGACCGAGCAUGCACAUGGGACUGGUUAUGGUGGGAGUGGGUUCAAGUUCAAUGAAGAGGAAGAUGAAGCCAGGAGAGCUGCAAAGAAAGCUCAGGCAAGGGAAUAUGGUUUUGAGGAGGAUAAGUCUGAUUCAGACUCUGAAGAGGAAGGUGGAGGGGUUCGCAAGGCAGGGGGUGAUAUUUCACAAGCUGCUGCUUUUGCUCAGGCUGCUGCCAUUGCGGCAGCAUCUAAGGUCGCUAUGACCUCAUCAUUGUCAUUGCCUCCUGUGUCAUCUCAAUUCCUUCCUUUGCAGACCACUACUGCUGCUGGUGCUGGUAUGGGUGUUUUGGGAGCCCCACCGUCAUUGCCUGUUGUUGGUGGGCUACCUAAUGAUGCAGCUGCUCGAGCUGCCGCACUAGCUGCUGCGCUUAAUCUGCAACACAAUUUAGCAAAGAUACAAGCAGACGCUAUGCCUGAACACUAUGAAGCCGAGUUGGAGAUUAAUGAUUUCCCACAGAAUGCUCGUUGGAAGGUGACCCACAAAGAAACUUUGGGUCCAAUUUCUGAAUGGACUGGAGCAGCUAUUACAACCAGGGGACAGUAUUAUCCACCUGGUAAGAUCCCUGGUCCUGGAGAGCGCAAGCUUUACCUCUUCAUUGAAGGCCCAACAGAGUCAUCUGUGAAGAAAGCGAAAGCUGAAGUGAAACGGGUGCUAGAAGACUAUACUGCCCAGUCACUGUCGUUGCCUGGUGCAGGUCAACCGGGAAAGUAUUCUGUUUUGUAAAACAUACAUAUGCUUUGCUGCUGAACUUUUGUUUAUUUUGUUAUUGAAAAUCAAUAUUAAAACCCCUUCUUUUUUGAACA